AUGGACAAGCUAGAAGUCGACCAUUACGAAUCCGCAAGCAAUGCCUCGCCGAAAGGUGAUAGCCAAAUCGAUGGCCAAGAAGUCUACGACUUCAACGACAAAGCUCGCGUACGAAGAGUGGUCAGGAGCAUCGAUCUCAAGAUCCUACCACUGUGUGCGUUUAUGUACCUCCUCAAUUACCUGGAUCGUGGCAAUAUUGGCAAUAGUAAAGUGCUUAACCAGGAGACUGGCGACGAUCUGAUCCAGCGGACGCACAUGACAGCCACUGGAUAUGCCGUUGCUGUGUCGCUAUUCUCACUAGCCUACGCCCUUUUCGAAGUGCCAUCGAACUGGAUUAUGAAGCGAUAUGUGCGGCCGUCGAGAUGGCUAGCCACUCUUCUCUUUUGCUGGGGCGUUUUCACCAUCGGAUUUAGUGGUGUGAAGACUUAUGCAGAGGUGGUUGUGCUGCGCUUUUUCAUUGGUGUCUUUGAGGCUAUUACGUUCUGGUAUCCCGUCGAAGAACGAUCAGUCAGGAUAGCAUUCGUCUUAGCAUCUGCGACCGCAGCUGGUGCGUUCGGUGGCUGCAUCGCAUACGGUGUCGGCCAUUUCAACGGCGCCGCAGGCCUUGAAGGAUUCAGAUGGUUAUUCAUUAUCGAGGGCCUUCUCACAGUCCUCUGUGUCAUCCUUGUCGUCUGCUUCUUGCCCGACUACCCGAGCCGAGCCAAGUUCUUGUCAGACGACGACAAGAAGUUUGUUGAAGCACGCAUCCGAGUCAAAGGCGGUGGGUACACCAACGAGCGCUCGACGAGGAAGGAGAUCCUGGAGACCGUUUUCAGUCCAAGGAUGAUGGCGCACUACCUCGCCUACAUGACACAGAUGACGGAUUGCGUACCCCUAGGCUCCCUAACCUUCUUCACUCCUACAAUCGUCAGCGGUCUAGGCUACACCUCCAUCAGAGCCCAACUCAUGACCGUCCCACCCUGGAUAGUAGGCUACUGCGCCUGUCUCUUCUUAGGCUACUCUGCCGAUCGCUUCAACGCCCGAGGCUGGCACAUCACCGCAUCCUCCGUCAUCGGCGGGAUCGGCUGGCUAACAGCUGGUCUACUACCGCAAGAUGCAUAUAUCCAGCGCUAUGGAUGUCUGAUGCUCUGCGCUUGUGGGGCGUUCCCUUCCUCUGGGCCGUUGAGUGCGUGGGUCACUUGCAACGUGCCUAGUAUCGUUACGAUGGGCAUUGCGACAGCAUUGAACAAUAGCUGUGCCGGUGUGAGUCAGGUUAUUGCUCAGUGGAUAUGGAAACCUGCGGAAGCGCAUAAGGGAUAUCCGACCGGCAACUUUACCUGUGCGGCUUGCAGUUUCGCUACAGCCAUCAUCGCGGUGUGUCUGAGAUUACAUUAUGGCCGGCUGAAUGCUCUAGGGGCCACGGAUGCGCGGGGAGACCAGAGAGUAUGGUUGCUCUGA